AGACAAAAGAAACAGAUUGUAGAAAAGGAAGAAAUAUUUGUAGAAAAUUGACUUUAUAACUAUGAUUAUAGAAAAAACGAGAAAAAAAUAAGAAGGAAAAAGAGUAUUAAAGAACACUCAUUUAAACAGUACGACGUAUAUACAUACGUUUAUUUUUUCAAGAAGAGAAUAAUAUUUUUUCUUCGAGAAAUAUUUCCUCUCAAAAUAUAUGAUACAAGCAAACUGUUACUUUACCUAGUAUCGUUAAAGAAGCGUGCUGCUAUGUCGACAUUAUUUCGGCUGUAAUGAUUUGGUGAUUCAACCUAACCUCCAAGUGCUAACCUCCAUCGUCGAUCGACGGGUCGGGUGUGUUAAGUCGCUCGAAUCCAGAAAAAAAACAGAAUUCCCCGAGGAAGAGCAGAAGCACGAUAAUAACGACAAGAUGUCCGGAUACACUAAUCAGGACAACAGUUAUUGGGCACAGCCGCCGCCGCCGCCGCAGGGCCAGUUCAAUUUCGAUGCGUCCGGUUUCGGCCAACCUAACCAACAAUUCGAGUUCCAGACGUACGAGCAAGUGCCCGGCGAUUACUCGUACGGGCAGAAGAGCUUCCUGGAUCCCACGCAGAGCCCCUACGGCGGCGAUCUGUUCACGCAGGACGAUUAUGCGAAAGGCACCACUGGCUUCGGGGACGAAGAAGACGAGCCGCCUCUGCUGGAAGAACUCGGCAUCGAUCCCGAUCGAAUAAUACAAAAAACUCUGGCUGUAUUGAAUCCCUUCCAUAGGAAGGGACAGAUUGACGACGCAAGUUACCUGCUGCAGGACUCGGAUUUGGCGGGACCGGUGGCGUUCUGCUUGGUCCUUGCGGCGUUCCUUCUGUUAGCUGGUUCGAAGGCACACUUCGGCUAUGUAUACGGACUGGCCAUGACCUCCUGCAUACUCAUGUACAUUCUACAAUCCCUAAUGAGCAGCAGCAGUAACAUCACUUUGUCAUCCGUUGCGUCUGUACUAGGCUACUGCCUGUUACCGGUGGUCGUUCUGGCGGGCCUCGGUGUCUUCACUACACUGCGAGGCCCGGCAGGCUUGAUUCUCGCGGUCCUGGCUGUCGCUUGGGCGUCCCUCUCUGCUUCUAGACUUUUCUCCACUAUGUCGGGAGAAGAGGACCAGAAGCUACUCAUAGCAUAUCCAUGUCUGCUUCUCUAUGGUGUAUUUACGUUGAUAAUUAUAUUUUAAGUAAGGAAUCAAAUGUAUAUCCUUAAGGAAUUGUAUAUACAUCAGUUUUACUUGGUCAGGUAAACCUUGCGAAUCUAAGCAAGAAGUACCCCUAUAUUUUGUUUUCACAGAUUGGUGCCAAUGAUCAAUAUAUGAUGAAGCAAACCUUAUUUAUAUUUUUUGUAAUUGCACCGUUAAUAACAAUAAACUAUGUCAUUGAUACAGCAGCUACAGAAUAUACACUUAAUUGAAUUUGUGACAUUUUUAAUAAUUUUUCAAAUUAUUUUAAUAAGCAUAUUUUGGUAAAUAUGUUUAUUUCAAGAGCGGUGACAUAUGAGCAUAUUUGUUUUGUGUAAACAUUAGAUUAAGCUAUUUAUUACAAUUUCUAAAUAAAAAGUUUAUGAUAUUAA